GAAAGAAUGCAGUAGAGGAAGUGGCAAGUAAUGGAAAUCCAGUAGGCAACCCAAAAAACUGAUUAAGAGAUGGACUGGACACGAGAUGACGAAAACCGCAACGAAAAUGGACAUGCACAAAAGAAAUAGCAAAAGUAAGCACAGUAGAGAGAAGGGUGGAACAACUUUAAGAAUAGGCACUUGGAACAUUAGAAGCUUGAACGGCAAAGAGCACGAACUGGUAGAAGAAUUUGAAAACGCAAAACUAGAUUUCUUAGCAAUUACAGAAACAAAGAAGAAAGGCCAAGGAAUAAUACAGCUCGAAAGAGGACACACACUACUAUACAGUGGAGUAAAACCGGAAGUAAGAGCAGCAGAAGGAGUGGGCUGUAUAAUAAGAAAAGAACAUGUAAAAUGUUUGAAGAAAUGGGAAUUUAUAUCAGGGAAGGUUCUAAAAGUGGAACUACAACAAAACCAACAAAACACAAUCACCCUGGUUAUAACCUACGGCCCUAGCGAGGACGAAAUAGCUAGCAAAAAAGACAAAUUCUGGGAAGAUUUGACAGCAAUCACAGAAAGUAUAAGCGGCAGAUUAAUAAUACUAGGAGAUUUUAACGGACGAGUCGGAAAAAGGAAAAAUGAGGGAGCAGACGUAAUCGGAAACCAAGGGGAAGAUCAUAAAAACAAUAACGGAGUGAGAUUAAUAAACUUUUGUGUAGACAACAACCUAAUAAUAACAAACACAUUCUACAAACACAAAGAGAUACACAAGUUUACGAGAGAAGUUGAGAGCAGAAACGAAAAAUCCAUAAUAGAUUAUAUUCUUAUUAAUAGAGAAUACAGAAAAGAAAUUAUAGACGUCAAAGUAAAAAGGGGACCAGAAAUUUACAGCGACCACUACUUAGUAGUUGCAAAGUCUCGUUUAGCUACAGAAAUGCAAACAAAUUGCGUGGAAAAAUCACACCUGACAAAAGUUAACGAAGCCAUUAGGACAUAUAAAUUACAAGAACCGGAAAUAUUUAUGAAAUUUACAGAAGAAAUAGAAAAAAAGGCAGAAAAAGAUUCAGCACAAUGGGAAACCAUGAAUUUGGAGCAACUAUGGCUGCUCUUCAAAGAAAGCGUAAUAUCAACAGCGAAAGAAACGUGUGGUAAAGAAAAAUGGAAACUAUACCUAAGUCUGAAAUCGGAAGCCAGCUACCAAGUAUACAAGCAACAGCGAAUAAAAGUAAAAGCAAUGGUACUACAAUCCAAACAGCAAACAUGGGAGGAGUUCGGAAGAAAAAUAGAGGCAGAUAGCAAAACAAACCAAAAACUAUUUUAUAAAGUGCUAAAAAACUUAAGGAAAGAUAAACACCACACAUUGAAGUACGUGAAAGCAAAAGAUGACAGUGUAUUAACAGAAGAGAAAGCAAUCAUAGAAAGAUGGAAGGAAUACUUUGAAGAACUGCUCAACCUAGACACACAAGCCAAUUUUCUAACCGAGGAAGAAAUCAGCUAUACAGAAAGCGAAGAGGACAGUAAUAUACAAAUGGAAGAACUGAGGAAAACGAUAAAGUAUAUAAAAAAAGGGAAAUCAGCUGGCCACGACAAGAUAAAUGCAGAGAUGCUGAAAAACCUAGGGGCGCGAGGGACAGAAAUGCUAACAAAAAUCUUCAACAAGGCAUGGACUACGGGAAAAGUACCAGAAGACUGGAAGUUGGGAAUAAUAAUACCGUUAUUCAAGAAGGGCGACAGUAGAGACUGCAGUAAUUAUAGGGGCAUUACAAUACUAAGUGUGGUAUCAAAGGUAUAUGAACACAUAAUGGAGGCAAGACUAAGAAUCCAAAUAGAAGAGCAGCUGGCAGACACUCAGAGUGGCUUCAGGAAAGGAAGGAGCGUACAGGAUCAUAUCUUCAGCAUCAAACAAAUGAUAGAGAAAAGCAAAAUGCAAAAUUCUGAAAUUUACAUGGCCUUUCUGGACCUUGAAAAAGCAUUCGAUAGAGUACCGCGAAGCGUAAUAUGGAAAAGUCUAACGCAAAGGAAGGUGAGUGCAAAGUUAAUAGAAGGAAUAAAGGGGUUAUACGAAAAUAACAAAAGUUAUGUGAGGAAGAAUAAUAGACAAUCGACAACAUUUGAAAUAAGCGAAGGUUUAAGGCAAGGAGGGGUCCUGAGCCCAAUACUGUUUCUACUAAUAAUGGACCAUAUCAUCAAAGCAACAGCAACCAGAACCAAAAAGGUGCAUAUCGGUACCAACAAGCUAAUACCCGUGAACGUGUCAGAAUGUGCCUUUGCGGACGACGUAAUGAUUUGUGCAGCAAAGGAGAAGGACCUGCAAGAUAACCUACGGAUAUGGGAAGAAGAAUUAACAAAGAGAAACAUGAUAAUAAACACGAAUAAAACAAAAGUAAUGGUGAUAAGUAAGGAGAACAAGAACAUUAACAUAGUAAUAAAUCAAAACAAGAUAGAACAAGUCGAAGCAUUCAAGUAUUUAGGGGUAUUGAUAGACAGAGAGGGAAAUACUAUGAAAAGUAAAAUACAGGCCACCGACAUGAAAUACUUAAGAAGAGUUAAAGGAAUCACCAGAAUGGACAGAAUAAGAAAUGAGGCGGUGCGAGAAGAACUGGAAAUUGAGUCAAUUAUUGACAUGACAGAGAAACAAAAACUGAAGUGGUUUGGGCAUAUAUGCAGAAUGGACAACGACAGACAAGUUAAAAGGAUAUGGGAAUCAGGCGUGCAAAAGAAAAGAACAAGAGGACGACCCAAAAAAACGUGGAACGAUGAAGUGGCCGCAAUACUGAAAAGAAAAGGAAGAACGUGGGCAGAAGCGAGAAAACUGGCAAGAGAUAAGAAACAAUGGACAAAAUUUGUACACGAAAUUGAAAUGUAAAUUAAAAUUAUGUACCUUACACCUUAGGGUAAAAGGUUUCUUUGAUUAUAU